CCUAAUUUAAUAUACAUUCAUGUAUACAGUAAUAAUAAUUCUUUUAUUUCCUUAGGUGAAAUGCGCGACCAAUAUGAAGACUUCACUGACAUGGCGUGACUUAUAUCUGUCUGGCGAUUGCCGCGGGCGGCCACAUCCAUCACUUGAAGACAAGGGUUUUUUACAGAGUCCCAGAUUGCCUCUCAGUGGGGGAAAAUAAACUACCAGGGCAAGGAUAGGGGGACAGGCUGUAUUUAUGAGGGAUGCUUAAGUGACUGACUUAUCUAUUCCCCGUUUUAGGGACAAUCUUCCUAAAUAAGGAUUUAUUUUGAAUUGUUAACUACAGAGUUCUGGUUUUAGUCACCGGAAUGACGAAUAUUCUGGGUGAACAACGGACUCACAAUACAUCUUAAAGUUGCUGAACUGUUGAAGUUUGGACAAUGUGGAGUUCAUUUAGAAGGUAUUAUUGGGUGGCAGGACUUGUUGUCAUCCUCUACACGAUAUCAGUGAUGGUCAGAAUGAAUAUACAUUCAAGCGACGGGAUAAGUGGAUUAUAUAAAGAACUCGACCUUCGAGCCUCGCUGAUGGAGAGAAGGUCUUCUCUGAAGUGCACAAAGAAAACUAACGUGGCCUUUCUUAAGGUCCAUAAAGCGGGCAGCACCACAGUAAUGAAUAUCUUCAUACGAUUCGCUAUAAAGAAUGACCUUAACUUAGUACUACCAAGACGCAGUAACGGUACAGGGUUUAAUUACCUCGGAUACGGAACAACAGUGGACCGGAACAAGAUUGUUCCUCUUCCGGGAAACGAAACAUACAAUAUCCUGUGUAAUCACGUGGUCUACAAUAAAGAGGCGUUCGAUUCCAUAAUGCCCAGAGACUCUGUUUAUGUUGCCAUUGUACGGGAGCCCAGGAGUCACUUUAUUUCGGCCGCUUCCUAUUACGGAUUUAUUUCUUUUCUUAAGAAAACGAUUCCUCACAGAGGUAACGUCAGUGACGGGAUGUUGUUAGAUAUGUUUUUGCGGCGGUUUGCCGUCAGUGGAAACCACUCCCAGGCUGGGCUAAACUACAUCAACAACAGACAGUCGUUUGACUUUGGGGUUCCGCGUUCCCUGUUUAGAAACAAAUUCGUCAUCAAUAAGUAUAUUCAGAAGCUAGAUAGUGAAUUUUCACUUGUUAUGUUGAUGGAAUACUUCGACGAAUCGCUAGUUCUAAUGAAGAGAUACCUCUGCUGGGAUUUAGAUGAAAUCUUAUAUGUUCCUCUUAAUAUCAACAAAGGCAAGAGAAAACAUCCUGUCCAGUUACCCCCAGAUUCAGAAAAAUUUCUCCAUUAUUUUGAUUAUGCAGACUUUCAGUUAUAUGACCAUUUUCAAAAACGUUUUAUGGAUCAGAUGAAGUUAGAAGGACCAGACUUUCAAGACGAAGUGAACACCUUUAAAGAGAUAAAAAGUCACGUGACGACAUUUUGUCAGAGCAGGCCUCUUCCUAAUCGUUUUAUAAACCUAAGUUCCACAAAGUGGAAUUCAGAGUUUAAUGUGACGUCAGAAGACUGCAAGGAAAUGAUGAUAGCGGAACUUCCGAUGAUGCGCAUGCUCAUAGACUCAGCUAAUACUCGGUAUAGUGAUUGGUUGAGAGUGCAAAAACUUAAAAACUCUCGACAACGAAUGUUUGGUUGAGAACUUAAUCCUGCAAUUAUUUGGUCAAAUUUUACCAGUUACAAAAAGUUAAAUAAAGUGAUCUGAUAAAUUUGAAUCAGGUAAAUGAUUGAAGUGGAAGACUUUUGACUAGGGUUUAGCCCAAGUUACUGUACUCGACAGUUAUCACCGUGAUGCGUCAUGAGUUACUGUACGUAGUGGUAACACAAACUCUAGUCUGUGACUAAUGACUCGUCUCCAUGACAACACUGUCCAGUCCUCUGCACCAGACUAUCAAGCAAGAAAACCAAAGACUCCUAAGUGUUGUACACCAGAUCAAUGAGACUGAUAUUUUGAAAUCACAACUUUAAGUUAAGCCAUGCACCAUUUCAUUAGCUUUAUUACUUUUCUUGAUGCCGGUGAGUCCAUUGUGAGGUAAAAUCGCCGUUUGCAGACUGCAAUUCACGCUUUUAAAAGGCAAAGAAGGCAUUCCAGACAUGCAUAAUAUGUUUUAUGAUUUUUGAGAAUGUUUAUUUACUGUUGGUUGUUAACUGCUAGUAUGGGUAACUAUCAAGUAUUGUUAAUUUAAUAGUGUUAAAUAUGAAUGGAAAUAUUUAUUGUACGAGUGACUUUUUACAUUGCAUUGUGUCCUGCAGUAAACGAGCAUAUUUUAUUUUUUUCUCAUUAAAACUUGUAAAACAAAAA